AUGGUCCACUGGCACUCUUUACCUGCUGAGAUCCGUUGCUUGAUCUUGGAAGUUCUGACAGCACACAAAGGAAUCGCACUCUUUGCUUCAGUCUCGAAUGAAUGGCGAACCUUCAUUGAACAGAGGACCUUUUCUCAUAUCAGAAUUCACCCCACGUGUCUCGACCACCUCGAACAGCUCAACGACCACUACAGGGGGCAGAUUAAGCAUCUAUGGCUCAAUAUAGAGCUCAAAGGAUAUACCUGUCAAGCAUGCCGAAAGAGAGAGUCGGCAACAUUGUCAUAUUCCAUUGCGGUGAUCCUGAGAGAAGCCAUCACCAGGUUAUUCCGCAUCCUGACGACGUGGAGAGAACCUUUGACUCUGGAACUUAACGUUUACUGCCCAAGCGACUCACAGCACUGGUUCAAAAACAAUUACUUCGGAGCUCCUGGCGAAGAUAAAUUCGAUUGUGAAAAGCCUAGUGAAGAUCUCAUUCACGAUCCCGGUCACGGGUGGGUUCAAGGCAGGGUCACUGAAGCGCCACCAGACGAUGCUCUACGACGCCCUUUUGGGCUAUCUGAGUUGAGAUUUCGAGACAAUCUUCCUUCUGUCAAUGCCGUGACGAAAUUUGUCCUACGCCGCCAGUGCCGUCAGCAGUUCGAUCCUGAUGUUAUACGAUACCUUUGGUCAAAGCUACCAAACCUGGAUGAGAUCCACUACGAACUAUGGCAGUCACACAUGAACGUAGUACAGCAAGUAUCAGAUAUGGGUAAGUAA